GAGGGGUGGACUAGACUUUACAUUAUAAAUUCGUAUUACAUACAUAGCAGCGAUGUCUGGCACAUUUUAAAAGCUUGUCUUGACCUUUGAGUGGUCUUGUAAACACGUAAUAUUCCUUAACUACGUCACGCUGAUAAUCUAUCUAGAUGUGCGAGUAUAUCUCCAGAGGUAGAGAUGAGCACCCCCACCUCCUUUUGUUUGUUUAGUCCAUAACAUUGAGUUCACGGAUAGGCAGCUGACCACAUUAAGCCAGAUGUCAACGUGUUGACACUUUCUAGAGGUCACAUCUUAUGAGGGAACUGAGUUUGUUUACUUGGAGUAGAAUUUUUAUUAGGGGCGGGACUACAAGCCAAAUCUCUAUAAGGUUAAUCUGGUAUGAGUUUGUUUAUUAUGAGAUAGGUUGUCAAUGAAGGGUCUGGACCACAAACCAAAUUGUUAAGACAUAUUGACACUGUCUAGAGGUCACUAGAUGAUGACACUAAGUUUGUUAACUUAAAGAGAAAUGUAAAUUAGAGCGCUGAACUACAGGACACACCCCUACAAGUAUUUUGUUACACAAGCCACGGGUAUAAAAGUGGCUUGCAAGGGCAUUUAGUAAAUUAAAUAAUAAUAAUAAUGGCUGAUAAAAAGUCAUCACUUAUAUGGCGUUACUUUAAUGUCAAAACGCUCGAAACACCCAGACUUAUUCAACGAAAUGACUACAUUGAAAUCAGCAUCAAGUAAUAUCACUGCCUGUGCCAGUACGUCUAUAGAGAGAGAGAGAGAGAGAAAGAGAGAGAGAGAGUAUAUGAGGAAAUAGACUAUAAAUACAUAUUGCAAAAGUGAAUCUACUUCUUUGACUACAAUCUAAAUAAUUUUUAAGUAACACAGAUAUAAUUUAUUAGCAUUUACAUAGUAGUGUUCAACACUGGUGCUCACUGUUCAACUAAAGGAGAAAGCCCAAAAACUGCGUUCAAAAUAGGAGCAUGAAGUGACCCAAUUUAUUUUAAAAUAAAAUCUUGACUAUGGGUGGUAAUACAAAGUAACACAGCUAUUUUUAUUGUCCUUUAGUUGCAGAAUAAGAAUCUGCUUUCAGUUUUUUUGUAAGUUAAACCGUCACCAAAUAAAAAAAAUAAAAUAAAAAAUUGACCUAGUUCCCGAAAGUCGGUGUUCAGUUAUAAGAAUCUACCAUACAUCAAAUAAUCAUCCACUGUGGGCAUUCUGAUUCUUUGCCCAUUUUCUUUUUUUUUUUUUAGUAUUGUUUAUCUGUAAAAAUCUACAACAUCAUGGCUAUGCUUCAUUUUUUUGCUUGUCCAAGACACACCCACAAUUUUUACAACUGAAGAAGCUGUUUAAUUGUUCUAUUUAUACUUCUUUGAAUAUUGAAUAGUAAUAAUGAAGAUUUAGAUCUUGAUCUACAUUUAGCAUAGGAUGAAACAGACUUUGGCAUUAUUAGCAUUUAGAAUUAGAUUUAGAUAGAUCUAGUAUUGUGACUGUCCUGUCCUUAUGCUUAGGCUAAGUCUGGAAUGUAGAUAAAGGUUGACUGGAUCUAUGCUUUUAUCUUUACACCUGGGUAGAUCCCUAUAGAUCUAAGCCUAAGAUAAAUGAAAACAACAGAAAUGGUAGAUCUAAAUCCAAUAUUCAUCCACCAUGCUGGGCCUUUUCUUGGUAUAUUUUGUAGCAAUUGUUAUUUAGUAUUGUUUUUCAGUAAAAAUCAUCACUUUGAAUAUAGGCCUACUUAUACUGGUUCAAGUUGCAAUCUCUCUUUAACAUUGUUAAUGGACCAAUUGAAGCAUUGUUGAAAUCCAUGCUGCUAGUAAAAAGUACAAGUAAAGUACCAAAUUCAAGAAUAUUUGUUAAUACAGUUAUCUGAAGAAGAAGAAGACAUCAAAGUAUCACUGAUGGCUGAUAUAGAACAUGAGUCUAGUCUUGACCCGGGCAAUGUAAUAAAACAUGAGAAGAAAGAAAGUCUUAAUGAAAUAUGUUUGUUAACACAGUCAUGUGAACUACAAGACAUGAAGUUGUCACAUGUAAAAAUUGAAAAGACUGAAGGAGAUGAAGUAACUUCUUCUAUGCAGCCAUUUGAAAAUUACAGCCAUGGUCAAACUUAUAAUGUAAUCCCUGGACAUCAGGCAGAUGAUGUUCUAAAGCAGGAGAUAAAAAUGUCUUGUACUACUGAAAGUGAUGAACCAUUGUCCUUAGCAUCAAGACUACUGGCUAUGUCAAAAAAGGCAGACAGAAACUUUUAUCCGGUGCCUAUUAUUUUGCCGAACUUAAAACUAACUGAACAUGUAUCUGUCGCAGAACUGUCAAUGAGUGAGAUAAAAAUCACAAAGCAAGACAAAGAAAUGACUUCAACAAAUGUAUUUGUAAAGGACAUGAAUGAUCAUAUGGAACAAAGCCUAUCCAAUGAAACUGUUUCAGAUAAGAUCAAGAAUUCUAUGAGCACUGAUAAUCAUCAAAUUUGUCAAAAAAGGUUUACUAGCUCUAAAAUAUUACAAAAUCAUGAGUUGAUUCAUGCUGGUGAAAAACCAUAUAAAUGUCAAAUUUGUAAGAAAGAAUAUUUUCAUUCUUCCAAUUUGAAACGACACCAAGAGACUCAUACUGGUGAAAAACCAUUUAAAUGUCAAAUAUGUCAGAAAGAAUAUUUUCAUUCUUCUAAUUUAAAACAACACCAACAGACUCAUACUGGUGAAAAACCAUUUAAAUGUCAAAUAUGUCAGAAAGAAUAUUUUCAUUCUUCCAAUUUGAAACGACACCAACAGACUCAUACUGGUGAAACACCAUUUAAAUGUCAAAUAUGUCAGAAAGGAUUUUCUCAGUUUUGUAGUUUGAAACUCCACCAACUGACUCAUACUGGUGAAAAGCCAUUUAAAUGUCCAAUAUGUCAGAAAGGAUUUUAUAAGCCUAGUCAUUUGAAUAGACACCAACUGACUCAUACUGUUGAAAAAACAUUUAAAUGUCCAAUAUGUCAGAAAGGAUUUUCUCAUUCUAGUUAUUUGAAGAAACACCAACUGACUCAUAAUGGUAAAAAACCAUUUAAAUGUCCAAUAUGUCAGAAUGGAUUUUCUCAGUCUAGUAAUUUGAAACAACACCUACUAGUUCAUUCUGGUGAAAAACCAUUUAAAUGUGACACAUGUGGAAAAGGAUUAUCUAGUUCUUCAACUUUAAAAAUACACCAACAGAUUCAUUCUGGUGAAAAAGUAUUUAAAUGUGACACAUGUGGAAAAGGAAUAUUUAAUUCUUCAUCUUUAAAAAAACACCAACUGAUUCAUUCUGGUGAAAAACUAUUUAAAUGUCAAAUAUGUCAGAAAGGAUUUUCUCAGUCUAUUCAAUUGAAACGACACCAACUGAUUCAUACUGGCAAAAAAACAUUUAAAUGUCAAAUAUGUCAGAAAGGAUUUUCUCAGUCUUAUAGUUUGAAACUCCAUCAACUGACUCAUACUGGUGAAAAGCCAUUUAAAUGUCCAAUAUGUCAGAAAGGAUUUUAUAAGCCUAGUCAUUUGAAUAGACACCAACUGACUCAUACUGUUGAAAAAACAUUUAAAUGUCCAAUAUGUCUGAAAGGAUUUUCUCAUUCUAGUUAUUUGAAGAAACACCAACUGACUCAUAAUGAUGAAAAGCCAUUUAAAUGUCCAAUAUGUCAGAAAGAAUUUUCUCAGUCUAGUAAUUUGAAACAACACCAACUGAGUCAUACUGUUGAAAAAACAUUUAAAUGUCCAAUAUGUCAGAAAGGAUUUUCUCAUUCUAGUUAUUUGAAGAAACACCAACUGAUUCAUAAUGGUGAAAAGCCAUUUAAAUGUCCAAUAUGUCAGAAAGGAUUUUCUACGUCUAGUAAUUUGAGACAACACAAACUAGUUCAUUCUGGUGAAAAACCAUUUAAAUGUGACACAUGUGGAAAAUUAUUAUCUAGUUCUACAUCUUUAAAAAAGCACCAACUGAUUCAUUCUGGUGAAAAACUAUUUAAAUGUGACACAUGUGGAAAAGAAUUAUCUAGUUCUUCAUCUUUAAAAAAACACCAACUGAUUCAUUCUGGUGAAAAACUAUUUAAAUGUCAAAUAUGUCAGAAAGGAUUUUCUCAGUCUAUUCAAUUGAAACAACACCAACUGAUUCAUACUGGCGAAAAAACAUUUAAAUGUUUAAUGUGUCAGAAAGGAUUUGCACAUUUAUAUAAUUUGAAAGUCCACCUACAGACUCAUACUGAUGAAAAACCAUUUAAAUGUGACUCAUGUGGAAAAGUAUUCUCUCUUUCUUCAUAUUUGAAAAAACACUGCUUGGUUCAUAAAAACGAUUUUGGGCUUUGAGAAAUCUACCUCCACCACUAGGUAUGAAAUCACAAAAGCGGGUGAUUGGUAUAUUGUCCUAUUAUUCUCAAUGGAUCCCAAAUUUUUCCAGCAAGAUCCUUUUAUUAGUAAACAAAACCUUUCCUCCCCAUGAACAAGUUAAAGAAGCUUUUUAGGCUUUGUCUUUAAGCACUGAUUUAAUCUAAUUUAUAAAUAUGUUUAUUUAGAAUGUUUUUUGAUAUAAUGGAUAUUGUUAUUAAAGUUCCCCCUCCUCUUUUUAUACUUGUAGAGAAAUGAUAUAAUAUAUUAUAAAACGGAUUUGUAUUUAGUCAAAUAGUUUCUUCUUGAUGUAACGGAUAUCAAUAUUAUCCUGUUCAUAUUGCGUUAUGUAAUGAUCAAAGGCCAAAGUGUGGUGGAAGUAGAAAAAAAUCUUAUGAGAGAUGAGAAUGAUUAGAUUACUGUUGAUCAUGCCUCUGAUAACUUUUCUUUUGACGGCCAUCUCUCAAUAUAUCUUUACUUGUAAAUUGUUCUUUCUUGAUUAUGAGUGUGUCAUUUCAAACCCAGAUGUAAUGUUUUAUUUAUUCUAAUAAACGCUGACUUCAAGAAAUUUGCUACAAUGGCCAAGAACUUACAAAGAAUGUUGUACAGCAAUACGAAUCUAUGGAUAGUCUUCUGUACCUUCUAUCAAUAGUCAAUCUUAUUGAUUUUAAUUAACCUGCAAAAAAAAACAUUUUUUACAUUAUCUCUAUAUCUAUAGACGUUACAUUUGUAUAUAUUUUUAAUGACAUUUUAUUCUAUUUUUAUUUAAUGAGUCAUUCUUGUUGUCGUAUAAAUGAAAAUAAAUAUAUGAAAUAUUGUU